AUGGGAAUGUUAAAUUCUUUGACUGAUUUCAUUAAAAAUGGGCUUCCGAUCAUUUUUAUGGUGUUACUUAUGUGCAGUUCAUCACUUUCAGACACUGAUUUUGAAAUUCAAAGAAUGGUUCAUUUUGAAAUAAUGGGAAUACCUAUCGGCUCUGCAGGAUCAUCACUUAAUAUGGAAGCAAGAUCUUUCAGUUCAGAUUUCAAUUUUCGUAGUUGUAUUCUAGCGAGGAUUCAAGAUUUAAGUGUAGAUCUCUUUCGUGUAAUUAAAUCAAAGGCUGGUGGACUUGUAAUUCUUAUGCCUCAAAAUGAAACUCAACUUAGUCUAGAAGAAAAAGAGAACCUCUUUUUACUUGAACAAGAAAUGCUGAGCGAAGAAACUCGAGUUCCAAUUUAUUUUGCAAACUAUCAUCAGAACUUAGCAAAUAUUAUUGCGGAAAUCGAUAACUUCUCAUCAAAGAUGAAAAUGGAUUUUCUGAACCAAAUAAAUUCUAAUGGUUAUCAGGUCGUAGUUGGAGGUACGAAUGCAGUUAUUAAAAAUCCAAAAAUAUCAAUCAUUCAAGGUGAAUUACCAACAGAAGAUCCUCAAACAAACAAACCAACCAUUAUCAUAUUUUCCCAAUUAAAAACAUUUGGUGUAGUGCCUAACGAGUUACCUAAUCUUGAUGCUACAAUUUUAAUGUUGCUCAUUGAUAAUUUAAGCAAAUUAUUCAACCAAAAUUUCUCAUCUAAAUAUAGAAUCAUUUUUGCUUUGCAUGAAAGUGGAUCUUUAUUAAAUUUCCACGCUACUAAAAAAUUCAUAGAAGCAAAUAUCGACGAGGGAAAUGUAAGAAAUAUUGAAUUCGUAGUCUGUCUUGACACACUAGCUGAGAAUCCUGAAUCAAUAUUCUAUCUACAUUCAUCAAAACCAAUUACAAAUCCUGGAACAACGACCAAGUUUUUCGAAGUUCUUCAAAAGAAAGCAGAAAUGUAUGAAGCAACAUUCGAUUAUGUUCACAAGAAGAUAAACUUGGCUGAUCCAUUUCAUAAAUGGAAUCACGAAAUCUUCAACAUCAAAAAGAAUCCAGCUUUUACUUUGUCUAGCCUUAACAACCCCCUAGAUCCAUUAAGAACAUCAUUUUUUUCAAAAUAUGCUUAUUCUUCGUUAUCAUCAAAUGAUCAUCCGGAUUCAGAUUAUGAUUCCGUCAUGUUGAAGAAGAUUCAAGUGACGACUAAAAUUCUUCUUGAAGCUUUGGUUCAUUACAUCUUCAAUUUGGAUGAAGAAGCGAAGGACAAGAUUGCUAAAGACACACUCCCAAUAGAUGAGCAAUCGAUUAAAAAAUAUAUUUCUCUUCAAUCAAUUCAAAAAAGUCACAACAUUAAAACAGCAUUUGAAAUGUUCCUCAAGAAUGUAAAAAUUUCUUACGACAAGGCUGACAAUUUAGAUCCUGAAUUCAAAUUUUACGACCAAGGAGAUUCAAAACUUCACAUUUAUAAAGUCAAACCAGCUUUAUUUGAUUUAUUCCUUCUGCUCAUCAUAUGUUGUUACUUAUUUUGUCUCUACUUCAUCAUAAUUCAUUUCUCAAAAGUCUAUGAUUUAAUACAAUCAACAGUAACAACUAAUCAUGAUGAAAACAAAACAAAUGGUGUUAGUCACGUCAAGUCUAAAUAUAUUUGA